AUGAGGAGCCCCAACCCGCGCCUUGGGGGGAAGCCACUUAGGGAGCUGGGCCGGAGCGCGGGGCGCGCGGGGAGGCAGGCCGCGGGGUCCGGGGCGGAAGGCGAGAUCCUGCCCGGCCCUCCGGAGCCACGUGCGGUUGUUUCCGUGCCGGCGCUGGCGCCUCGCAGCCCCCUGCCCCGCCAUGCCCGGAGCGCCAGGACUCUGCCGAGGGGGGUAAGCGCGCCUCCCUGUCUUCCCCCUCCUUGGCCGCCGGCGCGCCCCAGCGGCCUGCACCCCGGCUCCGGCCCCUGGCCCAGCCCGACCAGCCCGGCCUGGCACCCCGGAAGCCACAGCGAGGAGGGCGGUGGCCGGGCUCAGCCCCAGGCGCUGCACCCUACCACCCCAGGGGGCCGGGAGGAGAAGGCCCUGGGGCGCCGGGGGCGGGAAGUUGCUCUUACCGCGGGGAGGGGGGCAGAGGGCUGUGCCCCGCCGCUGCCCAGCCCCGACAUGGAGGAGCUGCUCCGGAGCGUUGAGAGGGACCUGAACAUAGAUGCCCGGCAGCUGGCUCCGGCUCCGGGGGGCACCCACGUGGUGGCCCUGGUGCCCGCGCGCUGGCUGGCCAGCCUCCGCGAGCGCCGCCUGGGACCCUGCCCGCGGGCAGAGGGCCUGGGCGAGGCGGAAGUCAGGACUCUCCUGCAGCGCUCCGUGCAGAAGUUGCCCACGGGCUGGACGAGAGUGGAGGUGCACGGGCUGAGGAAGCGGAGACUGGCCUACCCGCUGAAUGGAGGGUUGCCCUUUGAGGAGGGGGCGUCCUGCGACCCAGAGACUCUCAUGCGCUUCAUGCAGGAUGUGGCUGCCCAGAACUACCGCAACCUGUGGCGCCGUGCCUACCACGCUCAUGCACAACCCUACAGUCACAGCCCGACGCCCUCGGGCCGCCCUGCCCUGGAGUUUCUUCGGCAGGCUCUGCAGAGGGUUUAUGGCUGCCCUUUCCUGCCAGUUGGGGAGGCCAGCGAGGGCCCGUUGUCGUUGUCUGGCAGAGAUGGGCCCGGCCUCCCGCAGGGCAGCCCUGCCUGCCCCAGUCUCCUGCGAGUGGAGGCCCUGUUGGAGUCAACGGAGAUGUUGUAUGUUAUACACCCCUACGUGCAAUUUUCCCUGCACGAUGUGGUCACCUUUAGCCCGGCCAAGCUGACCAACAGCCAAGCCAAAGUGCUCUUCCUCCUCUUUCGCGUGCUGAGGGCCAUGGACGCCUGUCACCGCCAGGGGCUGGCCUGCGGAGCCCUGUCUCUGCAUCACAUCGCAGUGGAUGAGAGGCUGUGCAGCGAGCUGCGGCUGGACCUGGGUGCUUACGAGAGGCCGGAAGAAGAGGAGUCAGAGGAGGAGGAGAAUCCUGGAGGGAGGGAUGUAGCAGGCAGGAAGUCUGGAGCAGAGGGGGCAAGGGGCCCCAGGUGUCGCACCUGCCAAGAGGAGCUGAGGGGCUUGGUACUCGACUGGGUGCAUGGCCGCAUCAGCAACUUUCACUACCUCAUGCAGCUGAAUCGCUUGGCGGGUCGUCGGGAGGGGGAUCCCAAUUACCACCCAGUGCUGCCCUGGGUGGUGGACUUCACUGUGCCCCAUGGGCGCUUUCGGGACUUGCGCAAGUCUAAGUUUCGCCUCAACAAAGGCGACAAGCAGCUGGACUUCACAUACGAGAUGACACGGCAGGCAUUUGUGGCUGGGGGCGGGGCGGGUGGUGGGGAGCCGCCCCAUGUCCCCCAUCACAUCUCAGACGUACUCUCUGAUAUCACAUACUACGUGUACAAGGCUCGGCGCACCCCCCGCUCGGUGCUCUGCGGGCAUGUCCGGGCCCAGUGGGAACCCCACGAGUACCCCGCCAGCAUGGAGCGCAUGCAGAGCUGGACGCCCGACGAGUGCAUCCCCGAGUUUUACACCGAUCCUUCCAUCUUCUGCUCCAUCCACCCCGACAUGCCUGACCUGGAUGUGCCAGCCUGGUGUGGCUCCAGCCAGGAGUUCGUGGCUGCCCACCGGGCACUGCUAGAGAGCCAAGAGGUGUCGCGGGACCUGCACCACUGGAUCGACCUCACUUUUGGCUACAAACUCCAGGGCAAAGAGGCUGUGAAGGAGAAGAACGUGUGUCUGCACCUGGUGGACGCACAUACGCACCUGACCAGCUAUGGUGUGGUACAGCUCUUUGAUCAGCCGCACCCUCAGCGCCUGACCGGGCCUCCUACCCUUGCCCCUGACCCGCCUCACAUCCCCCGGCUACUGGUGCAGACCAUCCAGGAGACCACAGGCCAGGAGGACGUUCAAGGACAGUUCACAAAUGGGGCAGGCAGGCUGAUUUUAGAGGCCACUCCCUGUGAGGCUGGUUGGACCAGGGACAGGCCUGGGCCUGGGGAGGAUGACUUGGAGCAGGCUACCGAAGCUCUGGAUUCCAUCUCUCUGGCUGGGAAGGCAGGGGACCAGCCGACAGGCUCCUCCAGCCAAGCCUCUGCUGGCCUCCUGUCUUUCUCAAUGGCUUCGACGUCCCGGCCUAGCCGCAGGAACAAGGCUACCGGGGUGGACUCUGUGGAGGGCGAGGAGGGGAAGAUCCUCCUCCCCGAGGGUUUCCAUCCUGUGCAGGCGCUUGAGGAGCUAGAGAAAAUGGGCAAUUUCCUGGCCAAAGGCUUGGGGGGCCACCUGCAGGUGCCCGCGCAACCCUGUGCCCAGCCGCCUGUGCAGCUGCAAGACCUCUUCCAGCGGGACAUGCAGGCACUGGGUAUCCUGCUGGCCGAGAUGGUGUUUGCCACCCGAGUCCGGACACUGCAACCAGAUGCGCCUUUGUGGGUACGCUUUGAAGCUGUGCGGGAGCUGUGCUCACGUCACCCCAAGGAGGUUCCUGUGUCCUUGCAGCCCGUGCUGGAUACACUCCUGCAACUGAGUGGGCCGAAAGGCCUCACUGUCGCCAAGUGGGGCAAACUGGCACCACUGUUCGAAUACAGACCUGUCUCCCAGGGAUUGCCCCCACCAAGCCCAGGUCAGCUCCUCAGCCCCUUCAGCUCAGUGGUACCCUUCCCUCCAUAUUUCCCAGCAUUACACAAGUUCAUCCUCCUAUACCAGGCAAGGCGAGUGGAGGAUGAGGCCCAGGGCCGGGAGCUGGUGUUUGCUCUGUGGCAGCAGCUGGGUGCAGUGCUGAGCGACAUCACCCCCGAAGGCCUGGAGAUCCUGCUGCCCUUCGUGCUAUCUCUCAUGGGCGAGGAGCACACGGCUGUGUACACAGCCUGGUACCUAUUUGAACCUGUUGCCAAGGCGCUGGGCCCCAGGAAUGCCAAUAAGUACCUCUUGAAGCCUCUCAUUGGCGCCUAUGAAAGCCCCUGGCAGCUGCACGGCCGUUUCUACCUGUACACCGACUGCUUUGUGGCCCAGCUGAUGGUGCGGCUGGGCCUGCAGGCCUUUCUUGUGCACCUGCUGCCCCAUGUGCUGCAGGUGCUGGCAGGGGUGGAGGCCUCCCAGGAGGAGAGCAAGGGCCUGGCGGGGGUCGCCGAGGAUGAGGACGUUGAGCUGCCAGGCUCCUGUGCCUUUGGGGAGGAGAUUCCGAUGGAUGAGGAGCCUGCAGCUGCCUCGGGCCUGGGGCUCCCUGACUACACGUCUGGAGUGAGCUUCCACGACCAAGCCGAUCUCCCCGAGACUGAGGACUUUCAAGCCGGGCUCUAUGUGGCGGGGUCUCCACAGCCCCAGGAGGCUGAGGCUGUGAGUCUGGGCCGGCUGAGUGACAAGAGCAGCACCAGCGACACCUCCCUAGGGGAAGAACGGACUGCGGAUGAGGGAUGUGCCCCAGUGGACAAAAACAGCCUCAGGUCAGGCGACAGCAGCCAGGACCUGAAGCAGAGCGAGGGCUCGGAGGAGGAAGAGGAAGAAGAAGAAGGCUGUGUGGUGUUGGAGGAAGAGGAGGAGGAAGGGGAGCAGGAGGAGGUCACGGGGGCGUCAGAGCUCACUCUGUCUGACACGGUGCUGUCCAUGGAGACCGUCGUGGCUGGUGACAGCCGGGGAGAGGGGGACGAAGAGGAGGAGCCACUGACUGGGCAGACGGAAGGCAAAGAACAGAGGAUCCUGCUUGAUACUGCUUGCAAGAUGGUCCGCUGGCUGUCCGCCAAGCUCGGCCCCACUGUGGCCUCCCGUCAUGUGGCCCGGAACCUGCUCCGCCUGCUCACUUCUUGUUACGUUGGGCCCACUCGACAACAAUUCAUGGUUAGCAGUGGGGAGAGCCCCCCGCUGAGUGCCGGCAGCAUCUACCAGCGGAGGCCAGUACUGGGUGACAUCGUGUCGGCACCCGUGCUCAGCUGCCUCCUACACAUCGCCCACCUGUAUGGGGAGCCGGUCCUCACCUACCAAUAUCUGCCCUACAUCAGCUACCUGGUGGCGCCUGGGAGCGCCUCAGGCCCCAGCCGGCUCAACAGCCGCAAGGAGGCGGGGCUGCUGGCUGCCGUGACCUUGACACAGAAGAUCAUCGUGUACCUCUCGGACACCACCCUCAUGGACAUCCUGCCCCGGAUCAGCCACGAGGUCCUGCUGCCCGUGCUGAGCUUUCUCACUUCCCUGGUCACUGGGUUCCCAAGUGGGGCCCAGGCCCGCACCGUCCUAUGCGUCAAGACCAUCAGCCUCAUCGCCCUCAUCUGCCUGCGCAUUGGUCAGGAGAUGGUCCAGCAGCACCUGAGCGAGCCCGUGGCUGCCUUCUUUCAGGUCUUCUCGCAUCUGCAUGAGCUACGGCACCAGGAACUGAAGCCAGAUCCCGUGGGCCGCAGCGAGGGCCAGCUGCCGGAGGUGGCCUUCUCUGAUGGGCAGCAGCGGCCAGUGGACCCCAGCCUGCUGGAUGAGCUGCAGAAGGUGUUCACCCUGGAGAUGGCAUACACCAUCUACGUGCCCUUCUCCUGCCUGUUGGGUGACAUCAUCGGGAAAGUCAUCCCUAACCACGAGCUGGUAGGGGAGCUUGCAGGGCUGUAUUUGGAGAGCAUCAGCCAGAACAGGCACAACCCUGCUGGCGUGGAGCCUGCCAUGCCCAGUAGCAGCAGCAGCCCUGAGCGAGACCCCCCUGGAGGCGGCUGCCCCCAAGACGAUGGCCACUCAGGCACCUUUGGGAGCGUCCUGGUGGGGAACCGCAUCCAGAUCCCCCAUGACCCUCAGCCUGAGAGCCCCGGCCCACUGGGCCCCAUGUCCGGCGUGGUCAGCGGAGGCCUGGGUGGCAACGGUGGCAGCAGGAGCAGCGGCAGCAGGACGGAGGACAAUGCCCUGAAGCGGGAGCUGCCACGCAGCGUGCACGGGCUGAGCGGCAACUGGCUGGCAUAUUGGCAGUACGAGAUUGGCGUCAGCCAGCAGGACGCCCACUUCCACUUCCACCAGAUCCGCCUGCAGAGCUUCCCGGGCCACUCAGGAGCUGUCAAGUGUGUGGCACCCCUGAGCAGUGAGGACUUCUUUCUCAGCGGCAGCAAGGACCGCACCGUGCGCCUCUGGCCGCUCUACAACUACGGGGACGGUACCCGGGAGACCGCCCCGCGCCUUGUCUAUGCUCAGCACCGCAAGAGUGUCUUCUACGUGGGCCAGCUUGAGGCCCCGCAGUACGUGGUGAGCUGUGACGGGGCCGUGCACGUCUGGGACCCCUUCACAGGGAAGACCCUCCGCGUGGUGGAGCCAUUGGACAGCCGCGUGCCCCUGACCGCUGUGGCUGUCAUGCCUGCCCCAUACACCAGCAUCACCAUGGCCAGCUCUGACUCGACCUUGCGCUUUGUGGACUGCAGGAAGCCUGGCCUGCAGCACGAGUUCCGCCUGGGGGGCGGGUUGAACCCUGGGCUGGUCCGCUCCCUGGCCGUCAGCCCCAGUGGCCGCAGCGUCGUGGCUGGCUUCUCAUCAGGCUUCAUGGUGCUUCUGGACACCCGCACGGGCCUGAUUCUUCGAGGCUGGCCAGCCCAUGAGGGAGACAUUUUGCAGAUCAAGGCAGUGGAGGGCAGUGUGCUGGUCAGCUCCUCCUCCGACCACUCGCUGACCGUCUGGAAGGAACUGGAGCAGAAACCCACGCACCACUACAAGUCCGCCUCUGACCCCAUCCAUACCUUCGACCUGUAUGGCAGCGAGGUGGUCACUGGCACUGUGGCCAACAAGAUUGGCAUCUGCUCGCUGCUGGAGCCACCUUCCCAGGCCACCACGAAGCUCAGCUCUGAGAACUUCCGCGGCACCCUCACAAGCCUGGCCUUGCUGCCCACCAAGCGCCACCUUCUGCUGGGCUCAGACAAUGGGGUUGUUCGUCUCCUGGCAUAGACAGGAGCUGGCUGGGCCAAGCUGGAUACUUCCACAUACACAAACACUCCCGCCCCUGGCCCCCCGAGGUCUUUCACUCUUGUUUUCCCAACAGGUCCCUCCAGGCAGGCCCGGGUCCUGUGACCUGUGUGCCCACAUGGCCUGCCAGCUAGGGCCUCUAGAUGAAGUGUGAGCCUGUGGGUCCUUGGCCCCUGAUUCCUCAGAGCGGUCAAGGUGGUCAGAGAGGGUCUCAUUCUUGACUUGGGGAGACACUGGCCAUAGCCAGCAGGAAGCCAAGGAUCAGGGGAAAAACACUGUCCCUCCCUCCCACAGCCCCAAACUUCUCUCAGCUCUGCCCUCUGGGGCCAUACAGGGAAGCUCUAAGGUGGGAGGACAAUGGGGUCCUGCCUGGCCAUCUGUAGCCAAGGACACCCCAUCCCCUUAAUGGCCUCUGUCUACCUGUGGCUCCAUGAGGACAGGUGACCCAGGCCACAGACUCCAGCCUCAGGGGGAAUGGCCAUGGUCUGGGGGCAUAAGUCGCCACAUAACCAGGCCCUGCCUGAUUUGGGACCAGAAGGGGAAGAAAGAGGACAGGACCAGGGAAGAGAAGGGGGUUGGGCCAGCCGAUCCCUUGUAGGAAUAACCCCAUGCCUUGUGUGCCCACCCCUAACCAUAGCGUUUGUGCCUUGAGCUGAGGAGGCAGCCCCUGGCUGGGCCCAGAACCCAGGAGACCUUGAGGGAAGGGGCAAGCAUCAUCGCCUGUGCAUCUUGGGGCUUCGUCCCCAGGUCCUCACAUUCUGGAGCAGGGAUGAGGUCUGAGGUGUGGCCGGCGCUGCCUCUUCGCGAUUUGCAAUAGUUGUAAAUACAACCAAUAAAUCCUUUGGAGAGCCACGGAA